AUGUCUUCAACACCCCACCUCGACGCGCUCCAACGCGACGGCUUCGUCGUCAUUCGCAACCUCCUCACGCCAGCCGAAAUAACCCAUUACCGCACCAUCGCAACCGAAGUCACAACCAAAACCCGCACCGGCGGCUGGCCCCAUUUCCGCACCGUCCCCAAACAAUUCCCCCCAUGGCCCACCACCCCACCCCCAGCCUCAGAGGGCGGAAUCUGGGGCGUCCAGCACCUCCUACACCCAGAAAUGGAGCAUAGACAAUCAUUCGCGAAGUGCUACUUCUCCGAAUCAAUCCUGAAAGUAGUCGAGGAACUCGUCGGCGUCUCCAGCUCCGCUGAUACCGAACCGCUCGUCAUGGAACUAUUCAAUCUACUCGUGGCGCCAGAAACAAAGGAUUUCGAACUCCGCUGGCACAGAGAUGAUAUUCCUGAGACUGCUACGGCCGAAGAAGAGCUUGCACAGCUAGCUGCGAAGUCACCCGGUGGAAGACAGUCGCAUGCGCAAUACAAUCUUGCGUUAUGUCCUGAUGCGUCGCUGAUUGUCAUACCGGGUUCUCAUCGACGGGCGCGUACGGAUAUCGAGCGUAAUGCGAAGCCUUACGAGCCCUCUCUGCCGGAUCAGUUGGUUGUGCAGUUGCAGCCUGGUGAUGCGGUGUUUUAUGAUAGUAAUAUCUUGCAUCGGGGUGUCUAUAAGGGGAAGGAUGAGGGGGCGGAGGAAACGAGAUUGACACUGCAUGGAAGUUUAGGGGUUAAAGCUGAUGGAGAUGAUGAGAAGAAGAAGGUACGGGCUACUGCGGUGUUGCAGCACGGGGUUGGGGCCUGGGUGCACCGGGAUGAUGCUGCUUUUGGGAUUGGGGAGAGGCCGGAGAAGAUGAGGGCUAAUUUGGUGGCGAUGGGGACUGGGGAGGGAAUUGGGUAUUCGUUGCAGGGAUAG